AUGAGUGGACCUUUGGGUCCGUAUGGCCCAAUCUUGGGCAUGGGUCAUCGAUAUGCCUACUUCACCGCCGGCGUCAUCAUGGGAUCCAUCUGCUUGAUCUCGACUGUCAUGACCUUCAUACUCGCCAAGACGCACAACGACCUCAAGCAGCGUGGCCGUUACCUCGUCUUCUGGAACGGCGUCUCCGCGACUGGCGUUGUUACUAUCUAUCUCAUGCUCAACGCCUUUGUAGGAGACUUUCCCUGCUAUAUCCUUCUUUGGAUCGUCGACGACAACGACGAUGCAGCAGGAACAGUCGCAAGAACAGGGGUCGAGGGUCGGAAAAUAACUGUGGUCGAACAGGAAAUGGAGGGCCUAGACCACCUUACAGAAGGUCAGGGAGAAGAGGAUGCAGUAGAUGGAUCAUCCUCUCAGGCAGAUUUGCUGGAAAAAGCCACAGCAAUCAUGGUGAAUGCUCGUGGGUCGAACGCCACCUCGACGUCGGACAUUACCUCGCCACGCUCUGUUCAAACAGAGCACAACUAUAAUCGUUUGUUCCAUGCAGGGGCGAUCAAGGGUGCGGGCGCGAUUAACGAUCACGCUCCCUCCAGGGCCUUAUCAGUCAGCAUUGACGAUGAGGCAGUCAACGACGGUCGAUCAUGCAGUCGCUACCUUCCCUUCAACCAGGCUACCGACGGCAGAUUGACCAUAUUCUUGCUCAUAUUUAUGGUCAUCCCUCUUUUUCUUUGCUUGGGCAUGCAAUUCAUCAAGCCAUCCCCUGUCCAGAUCAACCCCGUCAGCUACAAGUGCGGUGAAGGUCCGGUGUUUUAUCCAAUCUAUGGGUUCAUGUUGGCGUUCUUGGCGAUCGGCUGUCCUAUAUUGACGUACAAGUUGUGGUGGAUCAAGGAUGGCUUUGGGAUCAGGAACGAGCUCUUGAUUACCAUGACAAUCGGUCUCCCAGGUUUCGCCCUCUAUUUUCUCUCGCCCAUCUACCUCAAAAAGCUCGACACCGGACACUGGAAUCACGUCAACUGGCUGAUCCUCACAAUCUUUUUGGCGCAGGUCAACUCAGUCGUCCUGCCUCUGAUCCAGUUCUUUUUGAGACAGCGACCUAAGCAACGGACAGGAAAGAACCCCUUCACAGGAAUCUUCCGAUGGGACUCGUCAAAGUCCUACCCAGGAACACCGACCUUGGAUAUGAACAGCGACACAUCGUCGUUUCACUUCCACUCCCGUUCGUCGUCUCAGGUGCUCUCUCCGCAAAUCGAACACUACGACUUUAGCAUCUUUGAGCGUCAGUCCGUCAGUCACCAGAGUGUCAUAUCCCCGUCUGAAAACAUCAGUGGGUUCCUCAACGACGGGUUUGGGGACAGUUCGAUUCUGGUCAACCAAAGCGUGACGACGACAGGACAAGGUCUGGAGAACCGCCAUCGACGUCGAGGCAUGAAGGGCUUUUGGUUGAAGUACGGCAAGGAUGUAUACGGCAACAUAAUACCCCUCUCGCAGAUGAACCCGCGUGCAUUCGAGUACGCCCUUCAGGAUCAGGAGAUGUUGGCCGAGCUGGUCAAGUUUUCGGUCACAGUCUUCAGUGCCGAGAAUGCAAAGUUCCUGCAGGAGUACGAGGGACUGCGUCGGCAAGUCCGGGAGUACUACCGUCUGAUCACCCAAGGGAAGUCACAUGGAGCAAGCAAGCACAGUCAUCAACUGUCUGACGUUGCCAGAUCCGCCAGGACGCAGACGGAGGAUGGAUCUGUCCGGGGGUCUGAUCGACGGCCGAGGUCGCUCAAGACGAAGUCGUCCAUUCUCGGAAGCGUUGCAUCGUCGAUCCACAGCAAACUCUCAAAAUAUGCAUCCAGUAGUGUCGAUAAUAACGCCAAAGCCAGUUCGGUAUCCGACGUCUCUGCACCAGAGGACGGGUCGAUCAUCCGGGAUGGGGAUCCUGGAUCUAGUACCCCUCGACGACCUGCAGGACCAAACGCCACCAAACCGUUCGGAAAGCACCGACAAGAUCUCCGCGGAAACCUCUGGCGUCUGUCGUUGCAGUCCUCUCUCCGACAGUCCAGUACCUCUCAGUCUUCGCCUCAAGGAUCACUUGUUGAUGAUACUGCGUCUCAAAUCACAGCCGAGAAGCGUUCGAUCCCGUACGCUGCACCAUUCUCUCCACCCAGGGCGCCAUCAGAGUCCUCCCACAGGCACAAAGCUAGUGAUUUCACCAUCAGCAGUGUGGGCGACGCGACAGAAUCCAGAAAUGGCAUCGGUGGAAACGAGAGCGACAGGUCCUCGUUCAGUUGGUAUGGCCGUGGAAAGUCUGGAUCAGCUUUGAGCUACCAAGAUGUAACUCCGAGCGAGCUCAGCAGCUACCAGGAUACUGCAUCGGAGACCUUUGGAUAUAAUAAUGUAUAUUUUGGAGGAAACGGCGAUACGGAUUCGAUGACAGGGUAUCAACGUGGUGGCAGCGACGAUAUUGGAUCGAUUUCCGUCAGCAUCAACGCGACAUCUCCAGGGGAGCACCAGCCAAGGUGCGAAGGCCCCACGCAGACGAGUGGAUGUCCUUGUCCUAUUCCGAUUCCAUCCAAGAGUGCGACAGGAUCAACUAAAUCGUCACAGGGGUUCGUCCGCUCUGCCAGUGCACCCUCUUCGCGCAGCACCAUCCAGUCACCAACUAGCUCUCGACACCAUGUCCAUCAUUCGGCUGAGAGCUCGCCUAUGGGCUUUUUGAUAGGCGACGGCAACCGGGAUGGCAUAGCGGCCUACUCGACGAUGAAGCAGCAGCAGCAAGGUCGUCUGAACCAGUCUUUCAGCCAGAGUCCGUUCCAUUCGCCCAGCUCAUCAGUCUCGGCCCCUUUCACACCACGACUUCCGUCCCAACCUCAGCUCCACAGCCCCAAUACCAUCCGCACAACUCAAGGGUUGAUCCCGCGAUCUGUCUCAGCCAGGACUAUUUUGACCGCAGAGGACUACCGUCUGCAGCAGAACAGUUCUUCCUCAGCCAACUCUUCGACCGGUCCACUGAGCCCAUUGUCGACACAACAACAACAACUUCCUAUCACAAAGGCUGCGACAUCACCUGUACUGGGAGCGACCUCGCCUCGCAUGCAACAUUUGUCACAGUUGACUCCAUCGAUAUCAAGCUCAGUGGCCAAAACGUCUGCCCGAUCCCAACGCCCUCACCAACAUCACCAUCACCACCAACACCAGCGAUUAGACCUCAGUUCUCGGUCCGACUUUCAUACCGAUGUCGUGAUGCCGACGCCCAACGGGAGGACUCCAGUUCCCAAGGCGCUCAUGGCGGCGUUCUGGGAGAUCUACCAGACGUUCAUCAUGGCGAACUCGAUCCUGGAGCUGAACUUGAGUGAGUCCCAUGUGAGCGAGAUCAAACGAUUGUUUGCCAGCAACGAGUGCUAUUUGGAGAUGUAUGAGCCUAUAGUCCGGGAGGUCCAGGAGCUUGUUUAUUCGAAUGUCUGGCCUCGGUUUAUUCAGUCGAUCCAGCGCCAGCCACAGGGGUUUCCGGGCAAGUUCAAGCGGACGUGGAAGGCGUUCUUUGGCAAGGGACCUGAGGAUCAGGAGGACGGGAUCUUUGAUGGACGGAUGGGUGGGAUUUUUGGAUAUCAUAGCCGAAGAGAUCUUCAUGAGCUGGCUCAUCAGGAAAGCGAGGAGGGGCGCCGUGGUUCUGAGGGCGAGGAAGGGAAAGAAUUCGCUAUGAAGAGCUAUGUCCCUUCGCCUCCACCGCCUCAGGCUUCGUACAUCCAUGGUCAGUUUGCGUACCUGGGAGGGUCUGAUGUUCCCGGUCUGGAAGGUUUGAAUGUUUGUGUAGACGAUGCUGCUGGUCAGGAUGAGAAGGAUGGUAGAGGUGGUGGCGAGGAGCAUCUUGAUUUGGGCCGAUUCGGUGUCAUGCAGGAGCUGGAUUUUUCAGCCCUUCAGCGGAUCGUCGUCGACCCUAAGUGA